AUGCGAUCAACUGCAGUCCUCAUCGUAGGCGCAGGUCCUACAGGCCUCACUUUAGCUCUCGAAUUAUCAGUACAAAAGGUCCCAUUCAUCCUAAUCGAUCCUCUCCACACCCCUGCACCUAAUUCUCGCGCUUUAGUCCUCCAUGCCCGUUCCGCCGAGCUUCUCUCCCGACAUCCCUCCGUCGUAUCGAACUUGAUCCCUCUUUGGAAACAAAACCUCGGCUUGACUUUCUAUAUCAAUAAAAAAAAGGCAUACGAGGUGGAUCUCACCAAGGAGAGUGUAGGAGUAUUUGAUGCCGAGUACUCAGGACCGUAUUUUCUCAGCCAGAGCGAUACGGAAGCAAGUCUUGAGAGACAAUUAGAAGAAUAUGGAGGCAAAGUAGAGAGAGGAACAAAAGCUACAACCAUUGUUCAGGACGACAGUGGUGUUUCAGUUCGGGUUAGGAAAGUAAAGGAGGAUGGAUAUGAAGAGCCAGAAGAAGAGAUUCGCUGUCAAUAUAUUGUCGGAUGCGAUGGCUCACAUUCAAUUGUUCGAAAGUCCGCCGGUUUGAACUUCGAAGGUUCUGCGUAUGCAUCAGACUUUUUGCUCGUAGAUGUGAAGUUGAAAUGGGAUUAUGCGCCGGAUCGGCUGACGAUGUUGAUGGGUAAAGAGUUUAUGAUGUGUUUACCACUCAAAGAUGGUGUAUACCGACUUAUAUUAAGUGCUCCUAACUCUAAGAACGGGAAACCGACUCACGGAGAAGCUAAAGAUGAUGAACCUACUCUUAAAGAUUUUGAAGAAGCCUUUCAAAGACUUGCUACGGGGAACAUACAACUCGAGGGUCCUCCUACGUGGAUUGCACGAUUUAAACUCCAUCAUCGAAUCGCCGACUCCUUUCGCAAUGGCCGUGUAUUCGUCGCUGGAGAUGCAGCGCAUAUUCAUUCACCAGCUGGUGGUCAAGGAAUGAAUACAGGUAUUCAAGACGCUAUCAACCUUGGUUGGAAACUCGGCAUGGUUAUUCGCAAUGAGAAGAAAGAUGAUUUUCUCGACUCCUACAAUGUUGAACGCCGGCGCGUUGGGCCGACGCAUCAUUUAUUGCUUUUUUCUGGGUUUGGGAAAGAAGCUAUGGAUGCGGAGGAGUUGUUAGAGACGGUUGGAACGGAUUUUCCGGAAAAGGAAAAGAGUUGGUUGAGGAUUCAUAGGAUUGUUAGUCAGGAAAAGAGAGAAAGUGAUGAUAUGUGUGAUGAGGACAAUAUUUUACAUGAGAGGUAUGGGUUUAAAACGGAGCCAGGUUAUGUGCUCGUUAGGCCCGAUACGUACAUUGGGUAUAUUGGGACGAUGAAGGGAUUGGCGGAGUGGAAGGCAAGUUUACUUUUGUGA